UUGGAUACCUGUUUACUUGCGAUAGAACAGACACAAAUCUCCUGCUUUAAACGAUACGCAGGAUAUGUAGAAUGGAAGUGUGUACUAUCUGGCUGCUGGAGGUUCUGUGUCUCUUAUUCACUUUGGAAAUUGUCAACACAUCAGUUAACACCAAUCGUGAGCCAAAUGUCAAAAACACCACUCAAAGUUCAAACUUCAAUGCUGCAUAUAGUAGUGGCAAGGCAGUGGAUGGCUGUAAAAAACAAAUCUUCGACAAACAAAGCUGUUGUUCACACACACAAACAGGCCAACAGGAGGCAUGGUGGCAAGUUGAUCUAGAGGAACUGGUCGUUAUGGAAUACGUCAAAAUAUACUUCAGAGAUGAAGGGUAUCAGCAAAAACAACAAUUUGGUGGCUAUCAAAUAUACCAGUCGAACACUUCGGAUUGGCGGAACGGUCACCUUUGCUAUAAAGACACAACAUCAACGCCAGCCACGUUAUCAUUGACUCCCCAGAUACAAUGUACAGGUAGCGCCAAGUACCUGACGAUAUACAGCGACAGGCGGUCAGGAGGUCUAGCGUGGUACUCUAAUAGCGCUUUUCUGGCGCUUUGUGAGGUAGAAGUGUACGGUUGUCCGCUUGGGAAAUAUGGUGAUGGUAAUUGUUAUUCAGAUUGUGAUGUAGGUUGUGCCAAUAGCCUGUGUGAUCCAGUGACCGGAGGAUGUGCAUCAUGCAGACCUGGAUAUUUUGGUUAUACCUGCAACACAAGCUGCCCGUCCAAUUGUAAAAGGGAUAUAUGUUUUCAGCCCUUUGGGAUAUGUACAGAAUGUGCAUCCGGGUUUUAUGGCAUUGACUGUAAGGGGACUUGUCCGGCACACUGUCGAGACCCACUGUGUGACAGAAGUAGCGGGGAUUGUUCAGUAUGCGAACCUGGAUAUUAUGGUGAUACCUGCACCACAACCUGCCCGUCCAAUUGUAAAGGAACUAUAUGUAAUCAGAGCAGUGGGUUAUGUACAGAAUGUGUAGCAGGACUCUAUGACACUGAGUGUAACCAGUCUUGUCCUGUCAACUGUCAAGAUACUUUAUGUCACAGAAGUAGCGGAGAAUGCGAAGUGUGUGCAGCCGGUUUUUAUGGCAGCCAAUGUUUAAAGUCAUGUGGCAAAUGUCGAGGUGUGAGUUGUGACAAGAGCACUGGGGACUGUGCGACAGGGUGUACUGAUGGAUGGACUGGAAACACAUGUGACGCCAAUGUGGUAACUAUAACGAAUGAAGACGCCGCUGUCGGGAUAGGCAUCGUAUCUGGAUUGUUUUUAUUGGCUCUGGUCAUCUUGGUCAUUGUACUGGUCAGACGUCGGACGAUGACGCGCAGCGACACCACAGGUUCUUCUCAUAUGACAGAUAUAUCAUUGUCGAGAACUGCGAUAGAGCUAAAACAAAAUCAAGAUAACACCUACGACGAAAUAGCAACGUACAACAAGGAACAAACCAUUGCGCAGAUUUCACACAAUGAGGCAAAUUAUGAACAGCUUGGACGCAGGGAGGUGGACAUUCCAAAUAUAUACGAGACAACAGAUGUUGACAAGGAAACAUAGGGAAAUGCUUCUUGUAAACUGGAUAGCUUGAUCAUUCAACGCAACGUAACCUUACUACUUGAACUAAAUUACACACAUAUACCUUUUGUUUUGAUAAAUUCGUCUCCUAACUUAACAGAAUAAGUACUGUUAUGAUGAACAUUGACAGUGUUGUAGAUUGUUUAUGUUUAGUUGUAAAUUCUUGUAUGAUUUUUAAUUUUUCACAUAUCGGAUUGUUAGUUUUGUGAACCCAAGCAAGUAUCGUAUAUGCUGUCAGUGUUAAGGUUAAAUAUAUUGUCAUACUCAGUAUUUCGUCGUUCUGUACAGCAUUUUAUAUAUUUGUUUUUAUUAUUGUAAGACUUUUGUAUUCAUCGAAGUUAACCAUUGCAGUGAACUUAAUAUAUACUUUGUCAUUUAACGAUCCCGGAAGGUAUUUUGAGAGAUGAUUGUCUGGGAGUAAAAGUAUAAGUAGCUUUGAUCAAGUUUUCGAGCAGUGUUAGAUAAGCACACAGUUGACAGGUGGUUGACCAGAAAUACGGUUACAUGAAGUAUACACAUUGCAUUGAAUAAAAUAUAUAGAUAUCUUGAUGGGAUCAAAGAAAUAGUCUGAUCGAGGGGAGAGGUGAAUGUCUAGGUUUUGUUUUUGUUUUUUGUACAGUGUUAGACGAGAAUCGAAAUGCUUUUGACUAUAUUAAGAAAUAUGCAUUGAUAUACACAGUCAGUAAUGUGUUGAACGAUAUCAUUAUUUAUUGGCUUUUUAAAAGAGAUUUCUUUGCAUUGAAUGAUACAAUAAGUAAGUUUUCGGCUGCUUUCAUUUUUGUUUGAGCAGUAUUUCCCCAUCACUAUAAUUCAGCUUUCCUCUAACCAGGAUAAGCAAUGCAUUGAGACAAUUCUAAAAUGUUUGAACAGCUUCAAUAUAUUUAAAUAAGCGUAUUUGCAAUGUAACUCGAAGUUGAGAAUAAUUGAAACAAAAUAUACAUAUAUUUAAUCCUACAGGUUUAUUCAGAUAUAUUUGUCACUUGCUUUGCACCAUUGUAUGAAGAUGUGAUUUAAUCGUUUAUUUUAAGUAUAUCAUUAAUUUGCAAGGUAUGCUGUAACAUAUGAAUACACAAAUUGUAGAUAUCUUGAUUCCAUCGAAAUCGUCCUGUAAAAUAAGAAUAGGAUAGCUUAAUUGAUAUGUGUGCUUUGUUUUAAUUGCAAAAAUUGACGUACUCUCUCGAAUACUUUUUUCAGGUACACGUUUAGCUUUUAAUGUCAUUUUCGUAGUUUGCGUGGGAAAUAUCCAAACCAUGAAUCUAUACGUACGAAGUUUUCACAGAUUAUCGAUUUCACAUGGACCGCAAAGAGACAAAUUUUUCAUUUAAUAUCAACUUUUCUCCACUUAUUAUGAUAUAGGUAAGAUGCUUUUUGUCUAACAAAACAUUUUACAAUAAUAAUUUCCAUUCCCUAUACGUUUAAACAUGUAAAUGGUUUUAUGGUAUAUCUUAAUGAUCUGUACCUACAAAUUAGUGAAUCAUUUAAAUGAUGUAAAUUAUAUAACUGGAAGGAAAUAUCAAUAACAUAUACGUUAAGGGUUAUCGCACACACUGCCAAAAACUGCAAAUAUACAUUAGAAGCUUUGUUCCAGUAUGCCUUAAUCUCUGAUACAUGUAAUCGAUAAAUACGUUUGGAAAAUAAAAAGGGAAUAAAUAAAUAAUUAAAUAAUCCACUCCGGUGCUCUGAAUCAAAAGCAACGGGGCUAGACAAGGAUUCAAGCUUGGAACCUCCAUCAGUAUAGUGUCACUCUAACUUACUAAGCCUACUAGCUACAGUGGUUGUGCCCAGGUGUUGUCGACCAAGAAUCAUACAAUAUCCAAAUUAAGAUAAAAGGAACCGAACUCUACGUGAACUUUAAGUAUUUUUUUUUUCUCAAGUUGGAUAGAGUUAUUUAAAACGGACUUGAUUCAUGCUUUAUUCUUGUAUGUGCUUCCUAUGGCAUGGGCACUAGUUUUGUUUCCACGUAAGGGACUGUUGUUUUGUUUAAAACAAAGAUAUAAAAGGUAUUUAAUGUCAAAACAGAUAUUCUCAACAGAUAUGCUACGUUAUUAGGCAUUUGAUGCACGUCACCUUGUUAAAAGCAUGAUUGAUUGCAAAUAUUCACCUAAAUACGUACGUGCUAUCUUGUCUGGUCGCCGAAAUUAAUAUUCUUUCACCUCAGACAGAUAUACUCCGCGUCAAACCCCGUGCUAGGAUUUUCGUUCUGGUCUUAUAUCUGUUAGUAUCUUAACGCGAACUUUUAAAAAGCGACGUAUUAAUCCGUGCCUUAACGGCUCGAAAUUGUAUACAUUGGAUGCAUUAUAUAUAUUCUGUUUUGUCGUUGUAUGUAUUGUUUUGAUGUUGUUAUAUUAAUGAUGUUGUAGAUAAAAUAUAAUAUACAUGGUGAAGUACGGUGUCUUCUUUGUGAAAACAGACAACAGGUUUAUUGUUUUUCUUUGUCAUGUAGUUUUAGUAGUGUAGAUACCAUGUUAAUUUGGAGUCCCCAGACGGGAUAGUUGUAAUCAUAAGCGGGAAAAAACGAAAACAAAAAUUCGAUCUCGGAGUUUCGAGAAAAAUAAAAUUGCCUGUUACUGAGCGAGAUCGGGCUAAGUAUCUCUAACAUUUCAUGUUACAGAGUCUAAGCCCACGACUAAAAUAACCCGAUCUCGCCUGACACUGAUAUUACUAAAAUUCAUUGGAAGUCUUAGUUGUACAAAGUCACAGAACGCGGUCUUUGUCGUAGAUUGUGACGUAUCCUCAGUAUAUACAUUUCCAGUUACAACGUACCAAGCUAUACCAUAGGUGUAUGGGUAUAUGAAGACAAAUAAUUCUGAAGGAGGACCACGUCUCUUGUAGUGUUUGCCUGUAGUCGACAAUGACCACCCUACAUGUGUUAAUGAUGUAAUUACAUUUUUAUUAUCAUUUGUAUAUUUCUUAUAAUGUUUUUAAUUUGACUAAUAUUCAUUAAUACAUGACAGCAAAUGUAAUAAAAACAAUAUUAAA